AUGACCAGAACCUCAGUAUUGGCAGACGCUUUAAACGCUAUCAACAACGCCGAAAAGACCGGUAAACGCCAAGUUUUGAUUAGACCAUCGUCCAAGGUUAUCAUCAGAUUCUUGACAGUCAUGCAAAAGCACGGUUACAUUGGUGAAUUUGAAUACAUUGACGACCACAGAUCAGGAAAGAUUGUUGUGCAAUUGAAUGGUAGAUUGAAUAAGUGUGGUGUUAUUUCGCCAAGAUUCAACGUUAAAAUCGGUGACAUUGAGAGAUGGACUGAUAACUUGUUACCCGCUAGACAGUUUGGUUACGUUAUUUUGACUACCUCUGCUGGUAUCAUGGAUCACGAAGAAGCCAGAAGGAAGCAUGUCUCUGGUAAAAUUUUAGGAUUUGUAUAUUAA